AUGAAGUUGUCUGUUGUAGCAUUGACUUUAAUGUCAUUGUUCCUUACAAUGAUCGAAGCCCAUAAUGUGUUAUUGCCCCCAUACGGAAAGCACUGCUUCUUUGAAAACUUGAAGAAGAACGACGAGUUGGCAGUGAGUUUCCAAGUUGGAUCAAGAGACCCUCACAACUCCGAACAAUAUGUCGUUGACUUCCACGUAUGUACCACCCCAUCUAUUAAUCUACAAAUGUCAUAAUACUAACUAAUCCUAGAUCACGACCCCUAAUGGCCAAGUGGUGUUGAAGAAAACAGAUUUGGAUCACGGGGACGAGCAAAUAAAGGCCCAGACCUCCGGAAAGUACCAGUACUGUUUCUCCAACGAAAAAACAAGUCGUGUCGACUUGGAUGUUUCCUUCAAUAUCCAUGGGGUUGUCUACGUCGAUGUCAACGACCCUAAGGCCGACUCGUUAGACUACGCAAUUCAAAGAAUGAGCCAAUUGACCAACGACGUUAAGGCCGAACAAACUUAUCUUGUCAUCAGAGAAAGAACUCACAGAAAUACUGCAGAAUCUACCAACUCGAGGGUUAAAUGGUGGUCGGUAUUCCAGGUUUUAGUGGUUGCGGCCAAUUCGGUCUUCCAAAUCUACUACUUAAAGCGUUUCUUCGAGGUCAAAUCGGUAGUUUAA